AAAGAAUAUCAUGGAAAUGGAAUACUCUCCUUUACCAUCUCUUCCACCAUCACCUACCGAUCCUACAUCGCCACCUUUACGAAAAGAAUCAUCUCUUUAUAUCAAUACAAAACAAGCAUUAGAUCAACCUAGUUUAUUUUCGCCACCUUUAUCACCCUUGACAUCACCCGACCGAUUAUUAUUCAAUAACAAUCAUGCAUAUAAAAAGAAAACUUCACAUCAACAACAACAGCAACAACAGACAGUACAUAAUUCUUGGCAAUCAAGUUGGCAAGAAGUAGAUAUUGAAACACUCACAUUGGAAAAUGCCAAACUUCAACGAGCGAAUCGAUUAUUAAAAGUGGAUAGAGAAAAUUGGUUAGAAAAACGAAUAAAACCUUUGGAUCAACAUAUUCGUGAUUUGACCAUGUCCAAUGUACGAUGGCAACGAGCAACUCGAUUAUUACAACAAGAACUUCAAGAAGCUAAAGAUCAACUAACUCAAUGGAAACGAUCUCAAUGGCAAUCUAAAAUUGUUUGUACUGGUUCUUCUGAAUAUCAAUUUCUUGUGGAUAUGAUUCAUCAUCUUCAAUCACAGAUCCAUAAGCAAUCAACCUUCAAUGAAAUAGGUGAAAAUACAACAAUGACUACCGAAUGCAAUGAUAUUCUUUCAAACAAACAAGUUGAUGGUUACCUGAUGGAAAAAAUACAACAAUUGGAACAAGAUUUGGCAGAAGCACUCAAACAAUUAAAAGAACAAGAAAAUGAUAAACUAGCGUUGACUUCCGAAUUACUGAAAAAAGAUGAACUGGUGACACAACUGGAAAAGGACUUUAUGACUAUGAGCCAACAAUUAAACUCUUUGCAGAAGAUAGUUGAAAGUCAUAGUUUAAAGUCGCCUGUUUUGUCUAAUGCAGUAGCGCCAUUACCAUCAUCAGAAAUAGAAGAACAACCUACAGUAGAAACAGCAGAUGCAUCAACGACAGCACCGACAAUUAUGGAAAUGAACUUAAUGAUUAAGGCCGCAUCUCGAACAAUGAAGAAAAGGAGGAUAGUGAGUACCCAACAGGAUGGUACUGCAAGGCCAGCACAGGAUGAUCCUUUCUGUUUGGAUGACGAUCGUGGAAAAUCUACUAGGGAUGAUGGAUGUCAAGAUGAUGUGACUAAAUUUGACAAGUCGGCAUAUGAUCUACCAACACCUAUGAUAACAACGAAUACCUCACCUAUAGAAUCCAGUGUUAGAAUGGAUCAUAGACGUACUUGUUCAUCUGUUUAUUCCACUACUUCAACUACUUGUUGGGACGACCAUGACAAUAAUCGUAUCUAUUCAUCACAAUGUUCUUCAUUGAAUUCACUUGAAUCAUCAUCAUCAUUGGAUCAACAUUUGACUGCUACACCAUUUCUUCCAUCUUUGAUCAAGGCUAUUUUUUUCACCACAUUAUCAUCCACAACAUCACUUCCUGGUUCAUUUCCCUCUAAACCCAUUACGAAACAAUAUGAUGAAGAAAAAGGAACGAUGAUGAUGUUAUGGUUGUUCAUCACCGGAAAUGAACCCUUUGCUCCUUGUGUAUUGUUGACCAUGGUGAUCGGACUUUCCUCCAAUUUAGGUAUCAAAGAUGAUUGGCUGAUUCCUCUUACCUUGAUGGUUUUGUUUUCUGGUUAUCUGUGGUGUGGCGCUCUUUGUGGUAUUCAUGUCAAGUUCAAUUUCCAAGACUUAUUUACUAUCUCUCAAUACCCUUCUUUAUUCAAAUAG